AUGGAUGCGACGUCAAACGAUCCGUCAAAGUUGGCAUUCUUUGCUAGAUUCUACAAGUCGAUCCAGUCGGCUGGGGCGGCUGGGAUAUGGCGUGCGGACGCUGUCAAGAUUCCGUACACAAAUAUGUUCAUUUCGGAAUCGGCUUUCCUUCUCGGAGGUCUGGUGUUUGCGUUGCCUAUGGUUGUCAUACGUAUCAAGGAUCAUACCGAUCUAGACAACAAGACCGUCACUCGGAUGGAUGAUAAAGGAUAUAUACGUCCGAAUGAGAAUGUCGCUGCGGAGAUGAAAGCUCUGGGGUCUUCAUGA